CAAGAAGAUCUUUUACAUUUCGGACACUUAAUUAUCGCCCUUGCGUGCAAUUCCCUUUCAUCUAUCCAUAAUAUGCCAAAAUCAAUUGAGUUCAUUUCUCGACAAUAUUCACAUGAUCUUAAAAAUGUUAUAUUAUAUCUGAUAAGCAAACCAACUCCUGACAAAACUAUAGAUGAUGUUGUGGCAAUGAUCGCAUCAAAAACAUUGCAUGAGAUUAACAGCGCUCAUCAGUAUCACAUGAUUCAUGAAAAAGUUAAAGUUAAGCUCACGAUUGUGUUGGCUCUUUUCAUUAGUUAUAACGAUUUUUUAGAAAGCGAGCUAAGUAAAGAAUUAGAAAACGGAAGGUUGGUUCGCUUAUUAUGUAAAUUUGGAUUUAUCAAUGAACGCCCCGAAUUUGACAUGGACCCAAGUUGGUCAGAAACUGGUGAUAGAUAUUUAAUUAAACUUUUCAGAGACUAUGUAUUUCAUCAAGUCGAUGAGAAUGGUUAUCCGAUCGUUGAUAUGUCUCAUGUAUUAACAUGCUUAAACAAGUUGGAUGCAGGUGUUGAUGAAAGAAUAAUGUUAAUGUCGAGAGACGAGCAAUCAUGUCUUAUUGUGUCUUAUAAAGAGAUAAAAAAUUGUAUUGAUUCUGCUUUUAGAGAUCUUUCAAGAAGAAAAUGA